ACGGGCGACGUAUCGAGAGACUCCCACGCAGAUGUUUACGCGCAGACGAUGAUCGAACGAGAUCGAAAGUCGCAUUUUUUUUGUCUCCGGAAAGGUGUGCCUUCGGUGUGCGUCGCGAUCGAUUUCACGAGUCGCGUUUUCCGUUCCUCUUUUUUUUUUUUUCGUCGUAGAUGGUGGCCGCUGCGAAACCUUGUCCUAUUUCUGUAGACCGUCUAUAUACGCCACAGCUGUGUUAUGAGUGUCGGUUUAUCCAUGUACGAUGGCUUGGAGAACGAGAGUUCUCCUGAUAAUGGCUUGGAGAGCGCUGCGGGUACUACAAAAAAGCUAGCUAGGGGUAUCUCCCGUGCGACCGAAAAUGCAGCGAUUGUUUCCUACGCUCGUUUACAACUGGCAGCCUUAGGAACAUUCGAGACACCAGAAUUCACAUUUUCAUUGCCAGACUUGUCCGUGUAUCCAGAUUCGUUCCGCAAAUUCUUGGAGAAGGAUCUUAUAGAGAAUGGAUGUCUGAAUUCUUUGGAGGCUGCAGGUCGUUUAAACUGGUGGUACAAAAGUGGAAGCGCCAGAGUCCUUUGGCCUCUCGCAACAACCGGAGAUGGCAACUGUCUACUUCACGCUGCAUCAUUGGGGAUGUGGGGCUUUCAUGAUAGAUUACUUACCCUGCGGGAAGCAUUGCAUAAUACUUUGACCAAAGGAGAAUACAGACACGCGCUUUUCAGACGAUGGAAAUGGAGACAAACGAGUCUAAAUGCAGCAGCUGGACUGUCAUACACGGAAGCGGAAUGGUUAUCGGAAUGGCAAAGUAUAGUGGAUAUGGCAUCUCCUACAGUCAGAAAUCAGACAGCUACCUCCUAUCAGAGCCUUGAAGAGAUACACGUUUUAACCUUGGCUCAUGUCUUAAGAAGACCUAUAAUAGUGAUAGCGGAAACUAUGCUGAAGGAUGCGGAUGGCGUAGCCUUAGCGCCGAUCCCAUUUGGUGGAGUGUAUUUACCUUUGGAAGUACCGCCCUCGCAUUGUCACAGAACACCCUUAUUCUUGGCAUAUCAUUCUGCUCACUUCUCCCCGCUCGUAACGGUAGACGGAUGCAAUGAUUAUGGCAGCGCUUGCGGCGAAGGAGUUAGUAUACCAUUAGUGGAUCCGGACACGGGCAAACUGUUGCCAGUCUUGUUUGCCGUGGAUCCUGGGCCCGAUUGGGAUUGGGUUGAUGGUGCGCGAGAAUUGUUAACUUGUACGCAGGAUACCAUGGAGAUUCUAUUGCGACAGUAUUUAGACUGCGAGUAUCAAAGUUUCACAUCCGAAGAUAUUGACAGGCUAUCUGAUACGGACGGUGCUUUGUCAAAGACCGCGAAGCAGUUGUUAGAGGUCGCGAAACAAUUCGGUUCUAUCGGCAAAUCUGUCAGUAAAAAACUAUGGUCUAUAACAAACAAAAGGCCAAAGAGCCCGCCUUCCGUGGGCGGCGGAAUCUCCACGGAAGGCUUGCUAUGUGUGAGGAUAAAGAGUAGACGUCAUCAGUAUGUGGAUCAAAUGCUUCACAAUUAUCUUCAGUGUGCCCAUGCAAGAUUUCUACAAGAUCAUAAGAUAGACGACACAGGUAGUGAACUGAAUUACGGUGCCGGAAAGUCUAAAUUUUACGCUGCCAGUGAUCGCGGUAGUCAUGCGAGCGUUAGCAAACUAUUACCUACUAACACAAACAAAGAUCAUACGCUUUAUCUUUCGAGGUCUACAUUUUAUAAUAAUCAUAUUCCAUCAUCAAAUAACACGGGGCCAGAGAUUUGGAAUAAUAGUGAAAAUUUAAAGGGCAUCGUGAAGGAGUGCCGCAGUGAACACUGCCAAUUCUUUGGAUCGCCAGAAAACCAAUUCUAUUGCUCGCAGUGCUGGGCUAAUCGACAUCGUUAAACAACCGUCCGUAUAUCAUACAUGACAAUAAUCUCAUUUUAAUAUCGCGUUCGGAAUAAGCUCUUAAUAAUUUUUAGACAUAAUGCUAGCCGUAAGAUAAAGCUUAUGAAUGUCCCACCAAUAUAUCGUUGAUUAAUAUCACAAUGUUUUCAGUUUAAUUUUUUUUUUUUUUUCAUGUUUUCUUGUAUUUAUUAACAUUUUCUUUCUAAAAGCUGCAUAUCAGAUGCACAGGAUUUAAUUAACAUAUGCAUUGAUUACAAAGUUCGUUAUAGCAUUACUUUCCAUUAUUUCAAGUUGACUUUUUAAAAUGUUUUUUGUAUUCGAGGAACAAAGUUUUUUUUUUUUACAAUUUUGAUGUGCCUUCUGUCUUAUGCGUGGAACAAAAAACAAUGAUCUACAUCAUUAUGAUAAAAACGUUCACUCACAACUACCUCUACAAUUUUCGAUUACAAUGAUCGGUAUAAAUUAUCACUAUAAUUUUUUGUUUGUAUUUAUAAAAGAUGAUAUGAGAAUAUUAUGUUUAUACCCUCAUUAUCCUGUGUAUGUAAAGCUGUGUGAAAAAUAAAUAUAAUAUUUUUAUAUAUCUCGCGUCGUUAUUUGCCGAUGUGCGGAAUAUAUAGCAGUUAAGAAGAUACACAAAAAAAAAACUCAAUUUUUGCCAUAAUAAAAUGUAUUUACAUAUAUUUCCUCACAUUAGCCUAUCAUCAUGUGAAAAAGGUAGUAAUUAAUAGUAAAUGAUUAAUAUUACCUGACACAUUACCCAUAUUCACUAAAUUAUCGACAAAGCAUACGUGUGGUAGUAUUACGCUAAUUUUAUUAAUAAUUGUACGAAGAAAAACUUUUAUUGGUAUGUACAAAAAGAGGAGGAAAGAAUUAUGCAAUAUAUAAAUUAUUGUUUUUUUUUCCAGUACUUUGUAUAUGUUUUCUAUUAUUAAAUAUCUAUAUAAGAAAAACAUGUGAAAUGAGAAAAGAUUUUACAGUACGUCGAAGGAACUAGGGAAUAUUCACUUCAGCUACGAUAUUACUACUAAGCGCAGAGUAUAUGCUUAGCUAUUGAGAUUUAAAAAUGUUCUCUUGCUUUUAUUUUAUCAUUUAAACACUUUCAACAUUCGAUAUUGGUCUUUCAAUGAAAUGGCUAAUAAAGAAAUAAGUAAAAGAGUACCACCUAUAUAUUUCGUGUCUUCAAAAGUUGAGUUUCACGUACUAUUUACAAUUUCAGUCAUACGAGCGCAGAUACACUACCAGAGUCGAUUAGUUUUGUUGUGUAUCCGAUAUCCUAUUGUAUAUCCUUUCACUUAAAUAGUAAGCUUACAUUAACCAAUUUCAUCUGGAAAGCUUUUAUUUCCUCUUGUGAAGGAUGAUAGCGAAGAGAGAUCUUUAAAAAAAAUUAUAAACUAAAGUAACUUUUAUAACUAUCAUCAUGUGCAUAUAAGUUUCAUCGUAAGUUCGAGACAUUUAAAUAUCGAUGUUAAUCAAAAUUAAAAUGUUCUUCAUUUCUAAAAGCCAUAAAUGAGUCUGUCAUUCAGACUCGUAAAGAAAUAAAAACAUGAUUGCUGUUCAUUUCAUUUUGUAAUUCGGUAAAACAAUAUGAUGAAAAUAUCAGUAAGAUUACACCGAUAUAUGGAUGUACAUACAUAUAUAAAUAUAAUUAAUGAUAUCAAUGUAUAACAUGGAUUCUAGUGUGUGAGAGAUGUAAAAUUUAUUACUGAUAAAUUUUUUAACAGGUCUUCGGCAGCUUAUUUUCUCUUACACUAGAAC